AUGUCGUCGUGGCCAAGCGGAGACUGGCCGAGCGACUCGGCAGAGGAAGGCCAGCAGGACCGCCCAACCGAUCCGAACUCGCUUGGGAAGCUCUCCCCGCGCGGCCAGAUUAUCGGAAUCACACCGGAGCAGACGGAGCGGGCGUUGAAGCUGCUCAGCGUCCCAUUUGAUAGUCUCCCGCAGGUGCCACCCUUUGCGCCAUUCUUCGGCUACACGACCCAGUGGCACAAGGUCCAGGUUGCGAGCAGCCUCGCCGGUUUCUCGGCCGAAAUGCGCCGCGUGUUGACAACAACGGAGGCUGAUGCGCUCGCCUAUCAUCGCUCCAGAUGCUGCGCGAUAUCUUCCUGGUCGCCCCCUCUAGUGCUAGCAACUACGCUGUACUUCACCUGGCGCGGCCGUGCGACGCUCCGCUUCCCCUUCAUCACCCCCGACCCGGCGAAGUUUAAUCCGAAUGCCUUCCCGACCGCCUCGAGACCGUUCCUCACGGGCCCGUCGGCUGUCCGGCUCUGGCACGGUUUUCGCUUCGGCGCGUACGGAAUCGUGUGCUAUUUCUUGGUCAAGGGCUUCGUCGAUUCAUAUGCGUAUACGACCUACCUAAUGAAUGUGAUCGCCGACCCCCGGCUCAAGACGAUACGCGACGCCGCGAAAACGGUAAGGAACCAGCAAAGCGUGCCAGGCACCGACGCCAUACAGGGCGCACCGGGAUAUGAAAGAAGCACGACAAUCGGAAGCUGGUCCCCGCAGCAGCAGCGCCAGCAGCAACAGCAGCCAGCACAGCAAUCCGCGCCGCAGCCACAGGACGCGGCGCAGGAUGAUGACACCUUUUUGUUCGACGAUGCCUCACCGGUUGCGCCGACUCAGAGACAACGACCUAAGCAAUCCUCAACCAGCUACAAUCCUUCAACGGGACAGGGAUCUGCCUGGGACAGGGUCAGAUCGCAGGCGAUCGCGGAACAACUCAACCAAAGGUUCGAGCAGGCUGGGGAGCAGACACAACAGAGGAUGACGGAUCUGGAGGCCGCGCUGGAACGGUUUAAUAAUAAACAACGGCGGCUCGGUGGCCGGGAGAGGACGGAGCAGCCCACAUAUGGGAGGAGUGAGCAAGAGAAGACGGAGCAGUACACAUAUCCCACGAGCGAGCAAGAGAAGGCGUACGCCAAGGAACAGGCUCAGAAAGAGUUCGAUGCCAUGUUGGAACGGGAGCGGCGCGGCGAGGGCAGUUCCGGGGGGCGCAUGUGA